GUGGAGAAAAUCUCCACAGAUCUCUGAAUCAACUGGUUCAGUUUGGUAGUAGUGGUCUCCAAUUUCUUUUAAUGCAAAGAAAAAGGAUGACCACAGUCAUCACCAGUUUUUUUACUUUAUCAACGAUAGCUUUGUGCGUUUUAUUUGAUUUUGGCGCAACGAAAAAUCACCAAGAUUGGGAAUUAAUUUUCAAAGGAAGAUCUAAAACCGAAUGGAAGGAUGCUUGGCAUCAAGAAAAGUUUAUAAGAUGUCGUGAAACUCUGGUUAGUCAUUUAUAUUGGGCUUGUGAAAAAGAUAUUUACCGCAUAACUAGAAGAAGAAGUCAAAAGCGUAAUCAGGAAAUGGAACAAAAAGAAAAUUUUGAACUUUUGUUUUAUCCCUAUAUACCUAAAAAAUUGGCUAAAACAUUUUUACGGAGCAAACGAAGUUACAACACGCGUUCAAGUUCUUCAAUUACAGCGGAAUGUUGUCGAUCUUCUGGUUGUACUUGGGAGGAAUACGCCGAAUAUUGCCCUAUUAACAAACGAUAUGUAUAA